AGCCUGGCGCCUGGUGGCAGAACAAGACUCUGUCUAAAAAAAAAAAAAAAAAAAAAAAAAAUCUCGGAACACAGUCCCCCAGAUUUGACAUUUUCUGAGAAUAAAGCACAGUCCCUGGCCAAUGAAAGAUUUCUUUGAAGCAAAAUUUCCCGCAAGGAGAAGGACAUUCACAAAGAUCAGAAUUCAAAGCGUAUUUUACUGUCUGCAGACCUAUGGAUCUGUGCAAAGCUCUCUCUAGGAAUGGAAAGAACUCACUGACAGUUCUUUAUUUUGAAGAAUGUGGGUGGCAGCAGGGGUGCCCUGGGUGCCUUGCAGAGCAAUGUGGCUCAUUCUAUACAGACACAAAGCCUCUGAGCUUCAGCUCCCACUUCCCUUGUAGGUAACCAGAACUUGCAUCCUCACCUGCUAGAGAGUCAGCAGCAAUGGUGAAUUCCUCAAGUGAGGAGAGAAGAGAUAGCUCGAAUCCAAACGCCUGCUCUUUGGUUGAAACUGAUGUCUCUGAUGAGUGACGUUGCAGAUUUAAAUUUACUUGAAACUGUCUAAAAAAUGUGUUUUGUUAUUUUUUUACUGUUAAAGAAAACAUAGAAAACCAGAGGGAUGCCUUUCAAACUUCAGAAAUAGGAUGUACAGAGGAAGAGGACUCUGAGAGUUUGAAUAUGAACAAAGCAGGGGGCAAUUUUUAUGUUUCUCAGGCAUAUAAUCCUCUCCAAUGGACUUCUUUAGAGUUGAUAUUUCUUUUUUGUUGUUUCUCACACUGCUUCAGAUAUUUUCAGAUAGACUCUUUGUUUUUUGUUUUUUAGAUAUACUGAGUUGGUCCUUAAUAUGGGAGCUGCCAUCUCUGAGUUUUUUCUCAGUAUAUUUUGAAUGAACUGCUGCUUGAGUUUCCCUGAGUGACUUCCCAAGUAUGGCUGGCCACAAUACCUCGAGGAAUUCCUCUUGUGAUCCUAUACUGGCACCCCACUUAAUCAGCCUCUACUUCGUAGUGCUCAUUGGAGGGCUGGUGGGUGUCAUCUCCAUUCUGUUCCUGUUGGUGAAAAUGAACAGCCGGUCAGUGACUACCAUGGCGGUCAUUAACUUGGUAGUGAUCCAUAGCGUUUUUCUUCUGACAGUGCCAUUUCGCUUGAUCUACCUCAUCAAGGAGACUUGGACGUUUGGGCUGCCCUUCUGCAAAUUUGUGAGUGCUAUGCUACACAUCCACAUGUAUCUCACGUUCCUGUUCUAUGUGGUGAUCCUGGUCACCAGGUACCUCAUCUUCUUCAAGCGCAGAGACAAAGUGGAAUUCUACAGAAAACUGCAUGCUGUGGCUGCUAGUGCUGGCAUGUGGGCCCUGGUGAUUGUCAUUGUGGUACCCGUGGUUGUCUCCCGGUAUGGAAGUCAUGAGGAAUACAAUGAGAAGCACUGUUUUAAAUUUCACAAAGAGCUUGCUCACGUGCAUGUGAAAGUCAUCAAUUAUAUGAUAGUCACUUUUGUCAUAGCCAUUGCUGUGAUUCUCUUGGUCUUCCAGAUCCUCAUCAUUAUGUUUAUGGUGCAGAAGCUACACCACUCCUUACUAUCCCACCAGGAGUUCUGGGCUCAACUGAAAAACCUAUUUUUUAUAGGGAUCAUCCUUGUUUGUUUCCUUCCCUACCAGUUCUUUAGGAUCUAUUACUUGAAUGUUGUGACACACCCCAAUGCCUGUAACAGCAAUGUUGCAUUUUAUAAUGAAAUCUUCUUGAGUGUAACAGCAAUUAGUUGCUAUGAUUUGCUUCUCUUUGUCUUUGGGGGAAGCCAUUGGUUUAAGCAAAAGAUAAUUGACUUAUGGAAUUGUGUUUUGUGCCGUUAGCCACAAACUAUGUUAUUCAUAUUUGCUUCCUUUAUAAAAAUGGAUAUAGAGGAGUUAAGAAUGGUAUUUCAUUACUUGAUAAAAAA